AUGUCCGGAAAUAGUCCUGGGAAUCCCAGUGGCGCAAUCUAUCCUAAAUUCUGGUACCCAGGUGGGCCUCCCGGAGUCAUCUCACGUUGUCAUGUCUAUUUCCCGGGCCGCUUCUUUCUCGACGUGGGGCCUGGUGCCCUGCUCCCUAUCUCGCUGCUGCGCAUGCGUCCUUGGGCUUUGCUUUGCUCUGCAGCUUCGCUCCUUGGCUUCGGCAAUUCGGUUGAGUUCCUCAUUCAUCCGCUGAUCUCGCUUCACCAGGCUCCCCGUCUCCACGAUCCUUUCCCGCUUGUGGCAUGGCUACUUGCAUCGGUGACUAGAGUCCUUCGCUCGAUUUUGGGGCUCUCAGCCUUUGGUUCCUCCAAAGGACCGGACCAAUUCAAUGUGGAACCGCUUCGGAGAGUGAAGCAGAGGGCCCAGUCUGCAUCCCUCGUGGGGUUUGAAUACCAGCUCGCUCGCAUUGCGCGUGUGGCUAUGGCGAUGCGCACAGUAGCUUCGUUGCGACCCUGGCGGUUGCUGUCGCUGCUGCAGCCCUGUGCUUGCAUUUCCACGGAUGUCACUUCCGCUGCCGAGAAGGUUUUUCAAGCGGCGAAGCUCCACCCUGGGGACGUAGUGGUGCACAAUGAAGCCGACAGUGAGUUCGGAAAAGCGUUGAUUAAGGCAGCGAAGGCGAGAGGUUACAUGACUAUCAACAUUCUUCCUAACAAGUCGUGUGUCAACGAAUCUAUAGAGUUUUUGAAGAGCAUUGGUGGUGAUGUCGUUGUCACGGAAGCCUACGCCAAUACAUGGUACAUGAAAAGACUAGUAAGUGACCUAUCAAAGCCCAGUGUAGGUGUGAAUUGUGGAGACGGUUCGCAGGCUACAAGUGUUGCCAAGUUGUUGAAGGAGGGAGGAACAUUAUUAUGGGAAGAGUUUGCCUCAAGAAGUGACGUAUCCUGGUGCGACGAGACGGCCACUCAAAUGGGACGAUCUUCUGAGAGCAAAGAAGCUAAAUAUUCAGCCUCUUGAGGGCUUAUUCGAUCCUACUCAUGGAGUCUCGUCAUUCUAUAGAGAUAAUUAGGUAGUUGCUCACGAUAGGGACACUGAUUGUGCAUAUCGAUUUGCUAUUUUGGCAAGAAAUAAAAUAAAACUAGUUGGAAAGAAACGAUGUGAGGAUACUCAGUGCCAACUCUUGGUUAUCGGAAUGAUUUGUCAAAGCACCUUCAGUAGAUUUUAGGGCUGUUCUAGGAUUAGUUUUGUUAACUUAACCCUCAGUCUGAAACGGCUGACGAUGCUCUCGAUACUUCUACCUGGAAUAACUUGUUAAUUCUCUUAGUGAAUACGCACUAACUUGGUGA